GGCCCGUGGCCCUCGGAGCUGCGGCGGGCGGGCGGGCCGCCAUGGGUCGCUCGAACGUGAGGGUCGUGGUGCGCGCUCGCCCAACGGCGAGCUACGCGAGCCAGAACUUCGAGUUCCACGAGGCCUCGGACAGCAUCGACAUGCGGCUGCCCAAGGACGAGACCGCCGGGCACGUCAACAACCAGCAGGAGGCCUGGCACUUCAAGCUCGACAAGGUCCUCUCCAACGCCAGCCAGGAGCAGGUCUUUGAGUGCUGCGCGGCGGACGUCGUGCGCUCCGUGAUGGAUGGCUACAACGGCACGAUCCUGGCCUACGGCCAGACGGGCGCCGGGAAGACGCACACGAUGACCGGCGGCCACGUCGGCUUCGCAGACCGAGGCAUCGUGCCCCGCGCCAUCUCGCUCAUCUUCUCGGAGGCCGCGGCCCGCCCGGAGAGCAGCGUCACCGUGCGGCUCUCCUACCUGGAGAUCUACAACGAGCUGAUGUUCGACCUCCUGCGGGACGUGGCCGUCUCCGACCAGUCUGGCGACAUCACCAUCGUGGAGGACUCGCGCGGGAACAUCCAGGCCAGGGGUCUCUCGGCGCCGGUCGCUGGCUCGGAGGAGGAGGCUCUCCACGUCUUCUUCCAGGGGGACACCAACCGGCACGUCGCGGAGCACGCCCUGAACAAGGGUUCCACGCGCUCCCACGUGGUAUUCACCAUCCACGUGGAGAGCCGCUCGCGCGUGGAGUCGAGCGAGAAGGUGAUAUACUCGAAGCUGCACCUCGUGGACCUCGCGGGCAGCGAGCGUGUCAAGAAGACGGGCUCGGACGGCGUGAUCUUGCACGAGGCGACGCACAUCAACAAGUCGCUCACUUUCCUGGAACAGGUCGUGGUUGCGCUCGGCAACAAGCACCGCGACCACGUGCCGUAUCGGCAGUCGAAGCUGACACACUUGCUGAAGGAUUCGCUCGGCGGCAACUGCAAGACGACCAUGGUCGCCAACGUCUGGCCAGAGGCCAAGAUGCUGCAGGAGACCGCCAGCACGCUCCGCUUCGCCACCCGCAUGAUGCGGGUGUCCAACGAGGCCUCCGUCAACGUGCACCUGGACCCCGCGCUGCUGAUCAGGAAGUACGAGCGCCAGAUCAAGGACCUCAAGCAGGAGCUCGCGAUGCACGACACCCUGGCCGGGCGGUCCCGAGUGCAGUACGAGGAGUACAACCCCGACGAGAUCAGGGAGCUGGAGGAGAAGGUCAAGAUGUAUUUGGACGGGGAGCUCCAGGAGAUCGAGGUCUCGAGCCUGCGGAUGGUGUACGAGGCCUUCGGGUGCUUUCGGCGACUCCACCAGCAGCUUGGCACGGAGCUGGCCGCGCGCCCCGCCGUUGCCGCGCAGCAGCUCGAGGGGGCGCAGGCCCCCGGCGGCGGCCCCGCCGCCCAGCAGGGCCACGAGCAGGGCCACGAGCAGGCAGGCGACGGCGGGCGGAUGCUGGGCAGCCUGUCGGACGCGUCGGUGCAGAAGACCCGCUCGCUGGCUCGAGGGGAGGAUGAGCCACGCCCCGACAAGCAGGCCGCCUUCACGGACUGGAAGGCUAACGAGGGCCAGGCGUUCGAGGAGGACUUCGAGAAGAACCGGGCGGAGCUUCGGGAACGCAAGGAGGAGAUGCGCGUCGCUUUGACCACCGCGAACGCGAAGAAGCAGGAGAUCGACGAGGCGAAGGAGCGCCUGGACAGGAAGCAGGCAGACAAGGCCAUGGACCCGAGCGGCCGCGACGAGGAGCUCAUCGACGAGGAGGAGUACGCCCUGAUCAAGAGCCUGAAGGAGACCAAGCAGCAGUACCGCGAGGCCUUCGAGACCCAUAAGCGGGUGCGGACGGAGGUCAUGCAGGUGGAGCGCAGCAUGCAGCAGUGCAAGUCCAGGCUCGUCCAGGCGUUCGAGGAGUGGUACGACCUGCAGCACGGGCAGGCGCAGCGCGCCAAGGCCGCCGAGCCGCAGGGGGACAAGUUUGACUCCCAGGAGAUGUUCGACCUCAUGGAGGCGGGCAGGGUCGAGACGCAGCACCCAGACGCGCUCGCGUUCCACAACGCGAGGAAGAACGCCGUCCGGGACGCGCGGCAGAAGAGGGCAGUGCCCGCGCGGGCCGGGCGCUGA